CAUUACCUGAACUAGUUUAAAUAGUUUCUUCCUUAUCUUCCUUCUUCCUCCUCCUCCUCUUCUUCUUCUCUGGUACAGAAUCAGGCCACAAAAAUGGGAAAUUGUCAAGCAAUUGACGCAGCAGCUUUAGUUAUACAGCAUCCGAACGGUAAAAUCGAGAGAUUUUACUGGCAAAUUUUAGCCAGCGAGGUUAUGAGAUUAAACCCUGGCCAUUACGUCUCUCUGAUCAUUCCAUUGCCGGAUUCUGGAGAAGAUAAUAAUAAUAGCAGUGAACCAAACAAGAAGACUGUUCAGUUUACUCGAGUCAAGCUUCUUAGACCUACUGAUACUCUUAAUCUCGGUCACGCUUAUCGCCUCGUUACUACUCAAGAAGUUAUGAAGGUUUUACGAGCAAAGAAAUAUGCGAAAAUGAAGAAGCAGCGGGAUAAAUCUCAGAAUCCGGCAUCAGAGAAGCAGAGUUCAGAUUGUGAGACCGUAAAUAGACUGGAGAUCGACGAAGAUAACACCGAGAAAGAUAAUCAGGCGACACGACACGAAAGACAUCGGCCAAGGCAACCGUCGUCUACACUAAGGUCGAAAUCAUGGCGCCCUAAAUUGCAGAGUAUUUCCGAAUUUACAAGCUGAUGAAGCGUUUUUCCGAUAUGCAUAGUUAUUUUCAAAUUCCGCCAUUUAUAGAAGCUGGUCGAAUACGGCUUUGCAGCUUCACGACAUUGAAGGAAUGAUCGAGCUAUCGGACGUUCAAAAUCAUUGUCAAAAAAAGUAAUCUGUAUAGCAACAAAAAGAGAAAUGGAUCGAAAAAACUUGUUUUACA